CAGAGUGCAAGUGGCACCGGGCGGCUUCUGAUACCUCGGAAAACUUGUUGAAACUCAAAAUUACGGAACAGCGGAAGUAAACUUAACAAGAUGUGCAAUUUAUUUACAAAUAAGAACUAAAUUUUUACUCAUUUUAAAGAAUUUCGAAGACUCCUUAUGUCUCUCCGUGGAGGAACAGGCGAACAAGGAGGUGUGCGCGUUCGUUUUUACCUGGGAACAGGUAGUACAAAAGCGAAACUGGGUAUAUACAAGAUAUAAAAUGAAUGAAACUCUGGACCUGAACAUUACCGUUGUGGAUGAUGAUAACUGGAAUUUUCCCAAUGGCUCCAGUGAAUUGUUCUUGCCUCAAAACAACAUCACAUAUGUAGGAUAUUAUCUGCAUCAGCCAACAGUAGCAGCAAUCUUCAUAGUGUCAUACCUGCUCAUAUUCCUGGUCUGCAUGGUUGGAAAUGGAGUGGUGUGCUUCAUAGUCUUGAGGAGCAAAAACAUGCGCACUGUCACCAACCUCUUCAUCCUCAACCUCGCCAUCAGUGACCUUCUUGUUGGGAUUUUUUGCAUGCCAACAACUCUUCUUGACAACAUUAUUACAGGCUGGCCAUUUGGAAACAUGGUCUGCAAAAUGAGUGGGAUGGUCCAGGGCAUAUCCGUCUCAGCCUCCGUUUUCACCUUGGUUGCCAUAGCAGUUGACAGAUUUAGGUGUAUUGUGUAUCCCUUCAAGCAAAAACUGACGAUAUCAACAGCAACCCUAAUCAUAGUCAUCAUCUGGGUGCUGGCAGUGUCAAUCAUGUGUCCGUCUGCUGUCAUGCUUCAGGUGACUAAAGAACAAAGCAUCCGUGUGUUCCUGGGAGACGGCAACAGAACGAGCCCUUUCUACUGGUGCAGGGAAAACUGGCCCAGCCAGGAAAUGAGGAAGAUUUACACAACAGUUCUAUUCGCCAAUAUUUACCUGGCUCCUCUCUCGCUCAUUGUGAUCAUGUAUGCAAGGAUUGGGAUCACUCUGUUUAAAACGGCUAUGCCAACCGGAGCAAAACCUGGCCAUGAUAACCGGCAUUCAGUGUCAAAGAAAAAACAACGAGUCAUCAAAAUGCUCCUCAUUGUGGCCUUGCUCUUCAUCCUGUCCUGGUUGCCUCUGUGGACGUUGAUGAUGCUGACAGAUUACGUUAGACUUACUGAACACCAGUACAGGCUUAUUAACAUCUACAUCUACCCUUUCGCUCACUGGCUUGCCUUUUUCAAUAGCAGCGUUAACCCAAUAAUUUAUGGGUUCUUCAAUGAAAACUUUCGCCGGGGAUUUCAGGCCAUCUUUAAGUUCGGGCUGUGCCCUGUUGGUGGUCAACAUCGGACCUAUUCUCACAGGAUGCAAGGUAAUUCUGUGAGGCCAGUUAACCUCCAACCCUCAACGGAGCCCAUCUCUUUGAAUAGCCUGGAGAACAGCUCAAGGAGAAUGAAUCAUGUCAACGAGCAAGAUUUAGUCAUGGAAGAUUUAGAGAAGGUAUCAGAAUGCAGUUUGGAAGGAGCUUCUCUUUAAAGAGGUGAACAGUCGUGCAAUGACCAUUUUUGUUUACAUAAUGAUUUACACAAAAGGUCCAGUACAUCUCGCGUACAGAAUAUUAUUUAUUAAUGUCAUUGUGUCUCUUAAAUUGUCUGUCUUUUGCUGCUAAGAUGAAUGUAUUUGUUGAGGUGUUUGGAUACGGGUGGGCACACCUGGCAGUUUAUCUAUACUGAAGUUUUAAAAACCAUAACUUUUUGUGAAGAAAAUGAAAAAAGACACACACUUUAAAAAAAUAUAAUGAAAACAGAAACUCUGUAAAAUUAUUGUAAAUAAUCAAAAUCAGAAUCAGAAGGAGCUUUAUUGCCAAGUAUGUUCACACAGACACGGAAUUUGACUGCGACAGGAGCUUAGUGCAGAAGAAGUGUACACAUGGUGCAAACAUAGUGUAAAUAUACAGUACAUUAAGAUAGAAAAAAUGAGAAAUUAAAUCAAAACAAUAAUGCACUAUAUACAAAAAGUGAAAAAAAUGUAGACAAAAAACAACAUAUAACUUUAUAAAAGCGUGUACAGAUGUGUUAUUUACAGAUUUAACCUAUUGUUUCUUACAAUGUACAAUUUCCAGAUGCUAUGUGCAAGUGUGCAAUGUGAUGGACAGUGUGUAGUAAGAGCUUUUAAUUGUUCAGGCUGAGUAUAGCCUGCGGGAAAAAAAUGUUCUUGUGUCUGGCUGUUCUGGUGGUCAGUGCUCUGUAGCGCCGGCCAGAUGGCAACAGUUCGAAGAGGGAGUGAGCUGGGUGAGUGGGGUCCAAAUUGAUUUUCUUAGCCCUUUUUCUCUUUCUGGAAGUGUAAAGAUCUUGGAGGUUGGGCAGGGGGGCAUCAAUAAUCCUCUCAGCAGUCCUAACUGUUCGUUGUAGUCUCUUAAUGUCUGAUUUAGUAGCUGAACCAAACCAGACAGUUAUGGAUGAGCACAGUACAGACUCGAUGAUGGCCGAGUAGAACUGUGUGAGCAGAUCGUGUGGCAUGUUGAAUUUACUCAGCUGGCGAAGAAAGUACAACCUCUGCAGGGCUUUUUUAGCGAUGGAGUCUAUGUGAGAGUCCCACUUCAGGUCCUGAGAGAUGGUAGUGCCCAGGAACCUGAAUGACUCUACUGCAGCCGCAGUGUUGUUCAUGAUGGUGAGGGGGGAGUGCAGGGGGCAUUCUCCUGAAGUCCACGACCAUCUCCACUGUUUUGAGCAUGUUGAGCUCCAGGUUGUUGUGAUUGCACCAGACAGCCAGCUCUGCAACUUCCUGCUUGUAGGCAGACUCGUCUCCAUUGUGGAUGAGGCCGAUGAUGGUAGUGUCAUCUGCAAAUUUCAGGAGCUUGACAGAGGAGUCUUUUGCAGUGCAAUCGUUUGUAUACAAGGAGAAGAGCAGUGGGGAUAGCACGCAUCCCUGAGGGGCACCAGUGCUGAUUGUGAGAGUCCCGGAUGUGAGUUUACCCAGUUUCACUAGUUGCUGCCUGUCUGUUAGGAAGUUAGUGAUCCAUUGACAGAUUGGGGUGGGCACGGAGAGCUGGGUCAGUUUGUCUGAGAGAAGGUCAGGCAUGAUGGUAUUAAAGGCUGAACUGAAGUCCACAAAUAAGAUCCUUGCUUAAUUCCCAGGUCUGUCAAGGUGUUGUAGAACAUAAUGCAGCCCCAUGUUGACUGCAUCAUCAACAGACCUGUUUGCUCUGUAGGCUAACUGAAGAGGAUCCUGCAAGGGUCCAGUGAUGUCCUUCAGGUAGGCCAGGACCAGUCUCUCAAACGACUACAUAACCACAGACAUGAGAGCGACAGGGCUGAUAGGCAACCAGUAAAAUAAUGUAUAGUGAAUAAUUUAUGUUUAUCUACUGUAUGUGUAUCCACAACUACUGUGUACCGAUAUAAAUAUAAAUGUUUUAUAGUUUUUUAUUUAUAUUUAUUAAUUUAUUAUAUCAGCAGCAAAACUGCCAAAAUCCAGAUAGGCCUAUAGUAUAUUAAUUGUUUCUGGAUUACAAAUUGGGAUUUUAGGAUUAGUAAAAUAUACAUGAAAAUUUCCUAUCACAUUAUAUAUUACUCCCUUAAAUACAUUUGUUGAAAAAAUGGGGUUGUUAAUAAUUACAAUAUAAUUUUUACAAGACACUGCUCUAUUUUUUCUCAAUUAGUUUCCAUGAAUAACAAUUCAACAGUUUUGAUUUCCACCUCACACUGCCUAUACUUCAGUGUCGGCAGAAAGAGCUAUUAGAAGAACUGUUUGACAUACAUUAUAUAGGAUGUUUUGACAAAUAGAAGUCUGAUUCACUCACUUAAAAAUGUCAAACAUGUCUUCUCUCUUAAAGACUAGUGUUUUCAAUCUUGCUGAUGGAUUGGAUUAUUAAAAUAUGGACUGGUUUAACCAGUAAACCACAUUCUCAGAGUCGUAAAUGCUGUGACGCUCCAGUGUAUAUAGUACAAAUACUUGACAGCAAUAUUUUGAGAGCAAGGGUGUUGUAUAAUUGAAUAUCACCGCAUAUGUGACACAAGAUAUUAAUAUAAAGUAACUUCUUUACUUCACUAUAAAGUAACAUUUUACACACAAUAUGACCAGGUAUUUUAUCAAUUUCAGCCCCGUUAAAGGGAUAGUUCACCCAAAAAUGAAAAUUCUGUUCUGAAUUACUCACUCUCUUGUUGUUCAAAACCUGUGUGAAUUUCUUUGUUUGGUUGAACACAGAGAAAGAUAUUUGGAAUAAUGCUUGUAACCAAACAGUUCUUUCUAUUUCUCAGUGUUCAUCAGAACAAAGACAUUUAUAAAGGUUUGGAACAACUCGAAGGUGAGUAAAUGAUGACAGUACUUUUAUUUUUGGGUGAACUAUCCCAAAAUGAAAAUGAAAAUAGACUAUAAGAAGCCAAAGUAGGAUCAACCAUUGUGCAUUGCAAGCAUACUGAUAGCUUGCUUGGAAUGCCACAAGUGUGGACAGUGAAGCCACAUGAGUUGUUGCACUUGAAUAUCGGUAAUCAUGUGCAAUGAAAAUAGGAACUAACUGUAUACUGUAAAAGAUGGGGAUAUUAUAGGAAAAUCCCUUAUAAUCUAACAGUUUUUGUUUUAUUAUUUUUCCUGAGAUCUACUUAUAAGUUAAUCAGGGUUUUAUAAUUCAUAAUUUGGUUAUUUUUGACCAUUUUUAUCAUCUCUCUAAAGUUUAGGGCCUGGUUGCUAUACUAUAUAAAACCAAAAAUGCUAAAAGGAGAAACAAUGUUUACGGGUUUUAGGUUUACUGUCUCUUUACAAAAGCCAUUACAGGUUUAAGCUCAGAAAAAGACACACACAUAAACUUUUAACACCACUCUUAACUUGAAGGAACUGAAGGAAUAUGCAGAUAAGCUGGUGUAUGUCACAGCCUGCAGAGAACAAGAUUUGACAGGUUACCACAUUUUGCUCCUCUCAUUAGUUCUGGUGGAAUAGAAAUAGGCCUAUUAUCCUGAUACCUUUUUGUGACUGGGCAGGCCAAUUAAUUAGGCACUGUUGACACGCAAGUCGUGACUCAUGGCUUAAUACAGGAUGUGCAAUUUUAGUAGCUUAUUUUAAAUGUUUUUAUUAGUUUUUAUCAGUUAUUUAGGACUGGCUCAUAUUUAGAGUACAGACCUAAUCAAUUUGCCCAGGUAAAGUUAUAUACUAUAUUUGUUUAUAUUUACUCUAUAAGAAUAUUUAUAUACAAUUCUUAGAUUUGUAUUUUGCAUUAUUUAUAUUUUGUCUUAAAUAAUGCAUUAUUGGCCCAAAUUCACUGUGUAUGUCAGCAGCCUCUUUCAAAUAGAAAAAAUCCAUUACAAUGAUUAUUUCUACAUUCCAAAAACCAGCGUACACAAUACUUGAUUGCAAAUAAAUCUGAAAUCUUUUGUCAACAGUAGAUUAAAUAUAAAGACAUUCAGAAGAGUGUGUUGGUGAUUGUCAAAUCAGAUUGAAGAUGGUAUGUUAGCUCUGCCCUGUUCUUGACCGCAGACAAUACAUAACCAGUGCAGUCUCAACAUGAUUGAAGCAGCACAGCGGGCAAUUCUUGGUUAUGAAGUGAUAAAUUAGACAAGGUAAUGCUAGAACCCACAAAACACAAACAACUACUUAUGAUUACAAGGUGAACACAAAAUGUCUGUGUCACACAUUAUUACAGAAUUUGCCGAGGACACUUUAAAUAGCUUUUUUAUUUUGUUGUUCACUGAACAUUACCCAAAGUACUUACUGUGAAAAUGUCUCUAUACGUUUUUCUUAUCAAAAACAAUGCUGUAAACUAAGGCUUUGUGAAUGUUAUUCAAUAAGUGUUGGCUACAUGCUAAUGUUGAGUAAAAUUGUGCAUUGUUUCAAAAAUGUGAUUGUGACUGAUUGAUUUUAUAAACACUUUGUACGCAGACAUUGAGCCAACGAGGACUGAAGGAAAGUGUGUUCAGGGUAUUUUUUUGAACACUGAAUAGACUGGAUUCAAAAUAAACAAAAGGUUGUGUUUUGUUUUAUCAUGUCCUUCAGAGUGAUAUUUAUAUUGUGAUAACAUCGUUCUUUGGUGUAUAUGAAUAAAAAAGUAAAACACAGUUGCUUUUUUCGGUACAUCAAAAGUACUGUGACAUUUCUAUAUUUCUUGUAUAUUUUUUUCCUUUAACUUAAUUACAUCAUACAUUGGUGCAUAUGCCAAAUAUUGAAAUGUCUUGUAUGCUAUUUAAGUCGGCAUAAUUUUUAGAAAAUCACUAAUUCUGUCAUUGAUCUGAAAAUCACUGAAUCUGUCACUGUUUUCUUAUUCUGAAUGACAAAAUGAUGCAAUUUCAUUGUUCAUACAUGCAAGAUUCUUGCCAGAAUCCUGAUACCUUUCAUACGUGUGAAUGUACAUAGCAUUACAACAAAAAGCACGGUACAUUUCUGAUCCAGCUUCCAUGUGAUUCAUCACAGAUCUAUUCAUACCGAAAUUCUGGCUAGUUGUUUCUGUAGUAACCAAUGGGAGAGCUGAAAUCUGUGUUUAUUAAUGUAAUCAGGCAUUCCCUGUUCUAUGGCCUGGCUCCAGUGGUGCCUAUGACAUAGGGAAAUUGGGACCAUUCUAAAAUUGAUUUAGCCUACUGUGCGUUCAGUGCUCGAUGAAUGCUUAGCACUGUUUGAACAUGUGCCCAACCUUCAAACUGACUUUGAAGCUAUGUUCAGAGAAGCAUGAUGAUACAGUGGCAAUAGAAAAAACAGGCGAGUAUGGUAGUGGUGGUGGUGGUUUAUAAUCGAUCCAUCUUCCAUUUACUUUUUCACGUGGUGUUAUAGUAUUGUAAAUGUUCCAUGGUCACAACUUCAAGUGCCAUUGUCAUGAUUCACAGUCACUGAUCUCAGCUGCAUGGGCCAAUUUUUUCUUUAUGUGUAAAAUGACAUUGAAAUAUGUUGUCCAAAAUGAUGCCUUGUUAAAACAGACAUCAACCGUGUUAUUGUUCCAAAGUUAUACAAUUUGAGGAAACUGAAUAAAUUAAAAUGACUGUACAUAUAUUGUUAUGUUGGUUUUCUGUGACCAUUGUCAUUUGUCUUUGCAGAAUGAAGUAAAAGGCUUGUGAGUUUUCAAACGAUGUAAUACAAAUAUAAUGUUCUCAGGGUAAUAAAUCAAUG